AUGGACUCGGACUGGACCGCGUCAGCACUGUUCUCGCCGUCCAAGGCGAGAGUGCAACAAGCCCAAGCAAAAGACUGGGCUGCCGUUGACGCGUGGUUGCUGAAACGUUAUGGCUCGCGCAUGCCCACUUUCGAGCGCAACGAAGACACACUGCAGGCACUACUAACACUUGCAAAUCUCAACGAAAACGCGGAUGAGCAGAGAACUCAAAUAGAGCGCAUCGAGAAGACGGCGCUGCAGUCACUUUCGAAACGACAAGGCGGCAUUUCCGACGAAGUGCUGCAAGCGAUGCAAGUCGAGCUCGUCAAUGAAACACAUCUGGACACUCUUGCCGAAACCAUGGUGGCUCUCGACUGUCCAAAUACCGAUGCAACAACGAUGGGAAGUGCAAUGAUCCAGCUUGCCUCGACCGACUUCGAGAUGAAGCAGCAGCUUGAGCGCACGCAAGCCCAGCUGGGUCGUCUCAAAGAUGAGCAGGCAAGAGCGACCAAGAUCCUCGAAGAACUCAAAGGAAACGAGUUCCAACCCCCUGAGGAUAUUGUGACGAACACAGCUGAGUGGACGAAGACUGCUAAGCACUUGAAGGCGAAAGUGGCCGAGUACGAAGAACGCAUCGCUGCUUCCAGGCCAUCAUCCAGCGGCAAUAGCUUUGCUACGUUCUCCCAGAAAGCAGCAGAAGUUGCGAGUCAACGCGAGCAGUUCCUGCGGCUGGAAUCAGAAAUGAGCGCUUUUAAAGGGCUACCAGCUGAUUCACGAGCUGCACGGCGGAAGGUGGAAGAGGGGAGAGAGCAGUUGCGACAGCUUACCAUGAAGCGGGAUCGACUGUUUGAGGGCAUGGUCGAGCAGUGA